CAGUAGUCCCAAAAUGGUCCCGUUGGACAGAAAGUCCACUAGUCCGUCAGCUAGGUAUCACACAGACACACUCCCAUCGCUCCAAAGACCCCCCAGGAACAAGCUCCAAAGACCCCCCAGGAACAAGCUCCAAAGACCCU